AUGCCGGACCGCACUCCGUCCUCCUGGUACACCGCCAUCUCCGGCUGCGUCCGCUGUGGCCACGAAUCCACUGCGUUCGACCUGUUGCGUCGCAUGCGUGAACGUGCAGUUCCGCUCAGUGGCUUCGCUCUCGCCAGUCUCGUCACCGCGUGCGAGCGCCGGGACAAGGAGGAGGGCCGCACGUGUGGAGCCGCCAUACACGCGCUGACCCACAAAGCCGGACUCAUGGUGAACGUGUACAUCGGGACAGCGCUCCUUCACCUGUACGGCUCCCGGAAGCAUGUGUUGGACGCACAGAAGUUGUUCCAGGAGAUGCCUGAGCGGAAUGUCGUGUCGUGGACGGCACUGAUGGUGGCAUUGUCAUCAAAUGGGUACUUGGAAGAGGCAUUGAGAGCUUAUUGCCGGAUGAGAAUGGAAGGUGUUGCGUGCAAUGCAAAUGCGUUUGCGACGGUGGUCAGCCUGUGUGGGUCACUCGAGAGUGAGAUGGCUGGGCUUCAGGUAUUUUCCCAGGUCUUAGUUUCUGGCCUACAAAGGCAGGUCUCCGUUGUAAAUUCACUGAUUACAAUGCUUGGUAACAUUGGGAGGGUGCAAGAUGCCGAGAAGCUCUUUUAUCGAAUGGAGGAACGUGACACUAUAUCAUGGAACGCUAUGGUAUCAAUGUACUCACAUGAAGGACACUGCAGUAAAUGCUUUAUGGUAUUUUCGGAUAUGCGUCGUGGUGGAUUGUUAAGGCAUGACGCAACUACUAUGUGCAGCCUGAUAUGCGCCUGUGCGUCGCCAGCUUAUGUCAACAUUGGAAGUGGAAUUCAUUCCCUGUGUCUCAGGGGUGGUCUGCACUCUUAUAUUCCCGUGAUUAAUGCGCUUGUUAAUAUGUAUUCUGCUGCUGGGAAGUUGGUUGAUGCUGAGUUUCUGUUCUGGAGCAUGGGCAGAAGGGAUCUAAUAUCAUGGAACACUAUGAUUUCAUCAUAUGUCCAAAGCGGUAAUAACAUGGAUGCAUUGAAGACACUAGGUCAGUUACUUCAGACUAAUGAAGCUCCAGAUCGCAUGACAUUUUCCAGCGCUUUAGGAGCAUGUUCAAGUCCAGGAGCUUUGAUGGAUGGCAGAAUGGUUCAUGCCAUGAUAUUGCAGUUAAGUCUUGACCGCAAUCUACUGGUUGGUAAUUCUCUCCUCACGAUGUAUGGUAAAUGCAGUUCUAUCCAAGAUGUCGAGAGAGUAUUUCAGUUGAUGUCCACUCACGAUGUUGUCAGUUGCAAUGUACUUAUUGGGAGCUAUGCACCGCUUGAGGAUUGUACCAAGGUAAUGCAGGUAUUUACUUGGAUGAGAAGUGCGGGAUUAAAGCCAAAUUACAUAACAAUAGUGAAUAUCCAGGGUUCUUUCAAAUCUUCAAAUGAUUUACACAAUUAUGGAUUGCCCCUGCACGCAUACACAAUCCGUACUGGGUUCGUAGCUGAUGACUACGUUAGUAACUCUCUGAUCACAAUGUAUGCAAACUGUGGUGACUUAGAUUCAAGCACUAAAGUCUUCCGCACAAUCAUCAAGAAAAGUGUCGUUUCCUGGAAUGCUAUGAUCGCUGCGAAUGUUCAACAUGGCCAUGGAGAGGAAGGUUUAAAGCUUUUCAUGGAUAUGCGGCAUGCUGGAAAUACUCUUGAUCAUGUUUGUCUAGCUGAAUGUUUGUCAUCCAGUGCAAGCCUGGCAUCACUAGAAGAAGGCAUGCAACUACAUGGUCUUGGUGUGAAGUGUGGGCUGGAUAAUGACAGUCAUGUGGUUAAUGCUGCAAUGGAUAUGUACGGGAAAUGUGGAAAAAUGGAUGAGAUGUUGAAAAUGCUUCCUGAUCCUGCCGUUCGACCCCAACAAUGCUGGAAUACAUUGAUAUCAGGUUAUGCAAGAUAUGGAUAUUUCAAAGAAGCUGAGGACACAUUUAAGCAUAUGGUGUCGAUGGGGCGAAAGCCAGAUCACGUAACAUUUGUCACUCUUCUCUCAGCUUGUAGUCAUGCUGGUCUAGUGGGCAAGGGUAUUGAUUACUAUAACUCUAUGUCUUCUGUAUUUGGUGUUUCCCCUGGAAUAAAGCAUUGUGUUUGCAUUGUGGAUGUCCUUGGACGUUUAGGGCGAUUUACAGAAGCAGAGAAGUUCAUUGAAGACAUGCCAGUCUUACCAAAUGAUCUAAUUUGGCGUAGCCUGUUGUCCUCUAGUAGAACUCACAAAAAUCUGGAUAUUGGGAGGAAAGCCGCCAAGAAACUCCUUGAGUUGGAUCCUUUUGAUGACUCAGCUUAUGUUCUUUUGUCGAACUUAUAUGCGACAAGUGCAAGAUGGUCCGAUGUUGACAGACUAAGAAGUCACAUGAAAAGCAUCAAUUUAAAUAAAAGACCUGCUUGCAGUUGGCUUAAGCGGAAGAAAGAAGUAAGCACCUUUGGUAUAGGUGACCGGAGUCAUAAUGACACAGAAAAGAUCUACGCGAAGCUAGAUGAAAUCUUUCUGAAGCUCAGGGAGGUAGGUUAUGUUGCUGAUACCUCAUUGGCACUGCAUGAUACAGAUGAGGAACAAAAAGAGCAGAACCUUUGGAAUCACAGCGAGAAGCUUGCAUUGGCAUAUGGCCUUAUCACUGUUCCGGAAGGAUGUACAGUAAGGAUAUUCAAGAAUCUCAGGGUCUGUGCGGAUUGCCAUUUGGUAUUUAAGCUUGUCAGCAUGGUUUUUGACAGGGAAAUUGUCCUGAGAGAUCCUUAUAGGUUCCACCAUUUCAAAGGCGGAUCAUGCUCCUGUUCAGAUUUUUGGUGA